AGUCUCUCCAUUAAUUCCCACAUCACAAACCUUUUAAACUCUAAAACCUAGAGAAGCUUUAACACAGUCCCCCGAUUGUUUUAUUCUGUUUAAGACAAUAAUGGCUUCAAUCAAGUCCCUUGCUAUUGUUGUUUGCCUUCUACUCUCUUUUUCUGCCAUUCUUUCUGAAGGUCGAGUGGCAAGAAAGGAUCUCGGUAUUGACCUUGGAGGAGUCGGAGUUGGACUUGGAACUGGAAUUGGCUUAGGCAUUGGUGGAAGUGGCUCUGGUUCUGGUUCUGGCUCUGGCUCUGGCUCUGGCUCUGGCUCAAGUUCAUCCUCAUCAUCAUACUCUUCGAGCUCAAGCUCGGGGUCUGGAGCUGGGUCUGAAGCUGGUUCUUACGCUGGAUCAUACGCAGGGUCACGAGCAGGCUCAGGUUCAGGUGGAAAUAGGAAUGGAGGGUCGGGAUAUGGUUCGGGAUAUGGUGGAGGUUCGGGCAGAGGAGGAGGCAGCAACGACAAUGGUGAAGGAUAUGGUGAAGGUCAUGGCUACGGGGAGGGUCGUGGAUAUGGGGGAGGAAACUGAAGAGAGAAGAAAAAAAAAAAAAAAAGAUAAGAGGACGUAUAAGAAAAGUAUUAGGUUACGUAGUUGAUUUAGGUCAUGAUCCUAACUUUAUGUAUUUAAAUAAAAAUAAGGGAAGAUGGAAGCUUGUUUAGUAGUGUGUGUUUUAGCGGUCAUGAAAAUAUUGUUGGUAGAACAAGUGUGAUGGAUUUUCAAGGUGUUUCUUGCUUUUAGCCAAUUUCAUGUGUAUGUUAAUGUUUUACUAUAUAUUAUAUGCUAAAUAUAGUUUUCUUUUUAAAUCU